UGUUUGAAACGAUUGUAUCUGUUUAGGUAAAUACGCGCCAACAAACGGAGCGGGAUCUGAAGAGGGAGAAGAGGAAACUUGGAACUAUCGAACACAUGUGUCAGGUUGUCAAACAAGAGGGAUGGGAGCGAUUAUACGGUGGUUUGGCGCCGUCUCUCGCUGGAACGGCUGCGUCACAGGGUGUGUACUACUACUUCUACCAAGUGUUUCGGAAUCAAGCUGAAGCUGCAGCUCUCGCUAGAAGUAAGAAAGGCUUGGGUGACGGAUCAGUUGGGAUGUUUUCUUCACUUUUAGUGGCUGCCUUCGCUGGAUCGGUUAAUGUUCUUAUGACGAAUCCAAUUUGGGUGAUUGUUACCCGCAUGCAGACCCACAGAAAAAUGACAAAAGAUCAAACAGCUGCCUCCGAGUCACCUUCUUCUGAUGAACAAGCUCUGGUUGCAGUUGAGCCGCGUCCAUAUGGAACCUUUAAUACGAUUCGAGAGGUUUACGAUGAAGCUGGAGUGACUGGCUUCUGGAAAGGUGUAAUUCCAACACUGAUCAUGGUAAGUAAUCCGUCAAUGCAAUUUAUGUUGUACGAGACAAUGUUAACCAAGCUGAAGAAAAAGCGUGCAUUGAAGGGUAGCAACAACGUUACCGCUUUGGAGACAUUUCUUCUUGGAGCUUUGGCUAAACUCGGAGCUACAGUCACAACUUAUCCUCUCUUAGUUGUAAAGUCGCGACUUCAAGCCAAACAGGUCACAACAGGGGACAAAAGACACCAAUACAAAGGAACGUUGGAUGCAAUCCUGAAAAUGAUUCGAUACGAAGGGCUUUACGGGUUUUACAAGGGGAUGAGCACAAAGAUUGUGCAAAGCGUAUUAGCUGCUGCGGUUCUAUUCAUGAUCAAGGAAGAGCUUGUGAAAGGAGCUAAGUUGUUGCUCUCAAACGCGACCACUAGCAAAAUCAAGUCCAAGCCUUCUUGAAUUAAAAAAACGCUUUCCAACUAGCAUUUUUAGAUAUAAGAUUGAAAUAAAUAAAAAUAGAUCAAAUCUCCAAUAGUUUCUUGAUUAAAUUAUAACACUAUUGGGAUUGUCGUGCAUUUCCAUAAUGAUUGCAAUUGAUUAUUAUAUUUUCUGCAAGAUUACUGGAUUGGACGGUUUUAUACCUUUUAUGUU